UAUAUAUAUAUAUAUAUAAAACCACGCAUGUCACUCCUUAGUCCGGAUUCUGGAGUCAGUCUUGCAAAAUCUUGAGCAUAGGGUGGGCUGUCACUGGAGUCACGCAGAUGUCAGUAACUCUUCACACAAAUCUUGGUGACAUCAAGUGCGAGAUUGCUUGUGACGAGGUCCCCAAAACGGCAGAGAAUUUUUUGGCACUAUGUGCCAGUGGUUACUAUGACGGGACAAUAUUUCACCGGAACAUUAAAGGUUUUAUGAUUCAAGGUGGAGACCCGACUGGAACAGGCAAAGGUGGGAACAGCAUAUGGGGAAAGAAGUUUAAUGAUGAGAUAAGAGAGUCUCUCAAGCACAAUGCGAGAGGGAUAUUGUCAAUGGCCAAUAGUGGGCCUAAUACUAAUGGGAGCCAAUUCUUCAUAAGUUAUGCAAAACAACCACAUCUUAAUGGAUUGUACACUGUGUUUGGCAAAGUGAUCCAUGGUUUUGAAGUCCUUGAUCUCAUGGAAAAGACUCCAACAGGACCAGGGGAUCGGCCACUUGCAGAGAUAAGACUUAACCGUGUGACUAUACAUGCUAAUCCACUUGCUGGCUAGUCUUAGUACAAGUGCAUUUGGUUGUGUUGUAUUCAAGAAGUUCGACAAUGUAAAAUGGUAGGAUUGCAUCAUCUACACCAUUGUGAUGGGAAAUGCUAUCAUAAUUUUGGUCUUUAAAGUCAGAUGAAAUAUGGCUAGUGCAAUUGUGUGCAAAGAUGGUUGUCUCAAGAUGCUAUUAGUAUCCAUCUCUACUGGAUUUUCAUAUUUUUAGAUGAUUUCUGUUAAAAGAAAAAGGAAAAAAAAGAAAGAAAGUUUGCUUUUUA